UGUCUUUACAUUGCUGAUACAAACUGAAUAUCCCGAAAAAUAUAUGUGUAUAACCGACUGCCUAUCAAUACCUAGGUAGUCGUAAAAUUUUGGAUAUAAUUUGUAUUAAUUGUAUACCGAAUAGUAUCUGAUGCUUCCUCACAACAUUCCUAGGUACAUUCUAACUACAGAUAAGGUAAUGCUAGGCAUGGAAAGACGGAGGUUUACAGUAGAUGCAGGUACGAACUAGCGGGUAGUCCGGGUGGGUUUUAUCACUGUUAGGCAGUCAGGUGCCUACUUCCCUACUUCUUUUUUAGGCACCUUAUCUUGGGUAGGUAUGUAGGACGAAGUAUCUCUGGAUCCGUACAUGUAUAUUCCUACUUGUCUGUCUGGUGUCAUUCCAAUUCGUCCGGCAGUAGCUGAGUAUAAGGCCCGAGUACUCGGUACAUUCAUCGAAAGAGUUAGGCCUUCCCGAAGGACCCUCAUACCAGAAAGCCAGAAAGCCACAUACCGACCACCGAUCUACCUUAACCGUCUAUCGUUUCCAUACCGCUUUAACUAAACAACUAAACUACUUCACUCACUCUCACCUUACUCAGUCACAAACUUGGCUUUUUUAAGGAGAUUGAGUCAAACCAUACAAUAAAAUCGUUCCAAAUUUGCAGUCAUUUAUUUAGCUACUGUGUCUUCAUAAAAUUCCAUCUCCCGCUUUUCAUUUUGAAGUUGAUAUUCGUCUUACUGUGACAAUGGCAAGCUCGGGCCCAGGGAAAGACGGUGAAGUGGGCAUGGCCGAUGUCCUUGAGGCUUUAAAGGCCAUUCAGGAGAAUCAGAGUAGAUUAGCAACAGAGGUUGAAUCUGUGUCCUAUCGACUUGAUGCUCUUGCCCCAUCUCUCCGAGCUCCGAGUCCCGAUGUCAGUAGGGCAUCGCCAUCUCCCCUCGCCGGGAUCCCAACUUCACCUGUUCAGACGACGUUAGUUUCAGGCGAGUCUGAUGCCACCAAAGCACCAUCUGCGACGAAAGAGGCAGAGAAAGCGGGAUUCACGUCCCGUAUUAUUCUUACUACCUAUCCCAAGCAGAUCGGUAUCAACCCAAUCCCCCUUCAAUGGGGUGCCUCAGACGCAGUCAAGCGUGGCCCAGUGGUUGUCUCCCGAUCAUCGUCCACGAUCCGAAAACGCAAUGCUAUCGGAGCACACGGCGGCUCCUAUUCCAUUUAUUAUGCUCUUGCUCUCGCUAGCAAACAGCUUAAUGCCAACCAUAGACCCGAUUUCACCAACACGGAGCCAGCUGCCCCUAUUGGCCCGUUUCCUCAAUGGGGCGACAAGAAAAAGAUUGUCGCCAUGGACCCCUGGGGUCAUUUAGCCCCGUGGCUUUUCUCUGACAUUAUAGAGAAAGAUAACGUUGAUAUUCGUCCAACUAUCGCGAUUACCAAGGCUCAUAUGAAGCUGCCCGAGCUUGAGGAAAGUGUCCGACGCGGUCGACUUGUUCCUGAUGGAAAAGUCUGUCUGAAUGCGAGUGGAGAGCUUGCUGUAACCAAGUUCGCAGUCGAACCAGUUUGGUAUCUUCCUGGUGUAGCCGAAAGGUUUGGAAUAGAUGAGGGUGUUCUAAGACGUUCUCUGUUCGAACAUACCGGUGGAAGUUAUCCAGAACUCAUCACACGCGGUGACAUCAAGGUCUUCCUACCCCCAAUUGGCGGGCUGACUGUCUAUUGCUUCGGAGACCCGGCGAAGAUGUCUGACGAAAAGUGCAGGUUAGCCUUGCGUGUUCACGAUGAGUGCAACGGUAGUGAUGUGUUUGGCUCCGAUAUCUGCACUUGCAGACCAUAUCUCAUCUUCGGCAUUGAAGAGGCCGUAAAAGAAGCUCAAAAUGGCGGCAGCGGCGUUGUCAUCUACUUCAGAAAAGAAGGACGAGCAUUGGGCGAAGUCACUAAGUACCGUAAAAAACGAGGAGAAGACCGCGCCUCGGAUUACUUCAAGAGAACCGAAAACGUUGCCGGCGUUAAAGACAUGCGUUUCCAGGCUCUAAUGCCCGAUAUCCUCCACUGGCUCGGUAUAAAGAAGAUUGAUAAGAUGCUAAGCAUGAGCAACAUGAAGCACGAUGCCAUCGUUGGCCAGGGUAUCCCUAUCCACGAACGGGUAGAACUCCCCGAGGAGUUAAUCCCCGCAGAUUCGCGGGUCGAAAUAGACGCCAAAAUCACAGCCGGAUACUUCACGGCCGGUCACAGAAUGACUGAAGACGAAUUGAAAGCCGUACAGGGCCGAAUGUGGGAUGACAUUGAUCACUGAUGAUGAGUUCUCCGACUGAACUGGCUUGCCGAUGACCGAUGUAGGAGUCGAAUUGAGACUGGGUAUAUUGGGGGAUACGUACUGCUCGAAAUCUUGAUCUCGUUUUUGGGAACCCCCGCUUCUACUAUUGCCACGCGUGAGACUAAUGUAUGCAUUCCAUAAAGCGCGUCUUGUUUGUGCUAUGCUGUAUGUCGUGCCUUGUGAUUGCGGUGAUAUCGCAGAAAUCACAGCGUGCGACGAUGAUCCAAUUGUAGCAUGUCCAAGCGGCAACGAUCCGGUAAACCACCUACGUCGUAGCACGUCAAUUCAACAGCCAUAUUUAUUCAUAUGAUGGAAUCUUGCAGCUUCAAUC